AUGGACCACCAGAGGGAGAGGCCCCCGGGCGGGGAAGCCGCUUCUUCCCCGGACAGGGAGAAGUGUAAAGAGAAACACACUAAUGAUGAGGUCUCUGCACAGGACUCGAAUGAACCCAGUAAGAGAAUUACCAGGAAGAGCAAACGGAACACAACCAUUUCGGCGUACUCUCCGGCUCACAUAUCAGAGCCUGUGUACCAGUGGGAGGUCUCCAGCAACGACCGUGUCUUCUACGACAAGAUGAACGACCUGAUCAUCCACCAGAACGUGGCUGCGAAGGCGCUGCUCGUGACGGAUAUAAAAAAAGUGAAGGAAAACUACCAAGCCGUGUAUGUGAAGUUCGACUCAGAUUUGUGCGAACACAUAACCUUCGCUCCAAACAACACCUUCUUCCUGUACCACUCGAUCAACCCUAAUAGGAUCCAGAUCUCUGAUGUUCUAAACAGCCACAAUAUAUACCUGAGUGUGUGCAUAAGUAAUCUGAGCGAGUGUAAAAUCUUGGCUACCUUUUGGCUCCCCGGGUGUGGGCAAUCAGCCGCAAAAAACGAUACGGGCGUGUCCUCUUCCACGUCGGUUACAUCUGUCACGUCAGGUGCAUCUGUCACAUCAGGUGCAUCCGCCCCUUCUGCCGACUUCGCCGUGGUGACCAACCAGGGAGUGGAGAUUUUCCACCUGUCCUUCGACAAUUUAACGAUAACGCCACUGAAGAAGCACGUGAUGAAAAGCGACCAAUGCUGGUAUGACGAAAGCAGCUCCUACAUCGCCCUCCUCUCCAGCACACACAAAACGCACGUCAUCUUCCCCUACCUACUAAACAACAGCAAUGCAAUCAAAUUGCAAAAAAUAGAAUUGAAUAUACCUAAAACAGAACCAAUAAACAGGAGCGAUAUAGAAAUAAUUACCCUAUACGAUGAGACCUACUGCAUUCAUAAGGAUUACAAAAAUGGAAGGAUCUCCUUUCGGUGUUUAUCCUCCUCCUUAUCCUUCGACUACGUCCUCGACCUCUUCUGCAACGGAGUGUUUGACACCUUUUCGGUCGAUAACAUUUUUGGCGUGUUCAAUUAUUCUAAUGAGAAGGUAUAUCUGUACGAUGUAAAAUACCAGAAGAAAAAAAAGACCAGCUUCCUUAGUUCCUUGUCUGAGCAUCUGACGAGCAACCACACCAUUAACAUUGCCUACUUGACCUCUCCGAAGCAGUUUAGGACGCAGCUUGUGUUAAGCCAUAUUUCUUUUCACCCCUUUAAUGUGUUGUUGGAUAACCAGUACGGAAAUGUUUACAAGAUCCGCGUGGACUACGACGUCUUCAUGCUGCAGAUUUGCCAGCACUUCGCCAACCUGAACACCUCCGUGGACGUGCUCCUGCGCAGACCCAACUGCAAAAAAAGAAUCACGGAAAUGUUCUUCCUCUCCCUGGAGAACGACAUCCAGAUAGAGGACUUCCGCACGAUCGUAAAUAUAAUAAACCUAAACUACCGCAAGCUGAUCGAGCAGUCUGCAAAGAAAAGAAGUCCCUCCUCCGUGAGGGGAGCUAGCCAUAAGAUUAUUCAACCCGUAGAUGACAUACUUAAAAACUUGGGAAGCAAAACUCUGAUCACCGAGAGGGACAUCGUCACCGAUGUCUUCCACGCCUUCAUGAUUAAAAAGUAUGGUCUCGACAAAAAGGAGACUCUUUUCAACUUUUCAUUGAACUUCCGUCAAAUGGAGAAGGCUAAACGGGAGAGCAAAAGGGCCACCGGGGGAAGGGACGACCAAGCUGAUAGGUACAUGCUAAAGUAUAGAAUAAGGAGGAGGACUCCCCCGGGGGAAGAUGCAAACGUGCCGAACCAAACGGACCAGAUAACCACCACAACAGAGGAAAGCGCCACCCCCUCGGAGGAGUACAGACUCAAGCUCAGCUACGCAGAGCUGCACAGCUUUCCAACGUUCCUCCUCUACGUCCUGGAAUAUAUGAAGUCCCUCCUCAUGCUGAAUAUAAUUCCGAACAGAAUUCUGCAAACCUUCCUUUUCGACAUAUGUAUCUUCUACGAACAGGACAACUGCCUGCGUCAGUUGUUGCAGUUUUAUGUAAUAGCCGACUCGGUCGAAGUAACGAAGCGGUUAUUUCACUACUGGAAGUUGACACAACAUUCGUGGGCCUACCAACUCUGUCUAGACAUGUCCCUACGGUUAGGUGAAUACGAAAUGGUCCUUCACCUCUUCCUAUCGGCAAACAGAUAUAUAAAAAUUGUCGACUUCAUAAGGAGCCACAACCUGAUCGAUUAUCCCAUCGCAGUCAUUUUUCAGGCCAUCGAAAAUGACUUCGACUCGUCAGACAAAUACAUCAUAUUCAACCACGUCCUUUCUUCGCUCACCCGCUGGAUUGACGAUGCAGACCGCGACCCCGAGAACCACCCCCUUCCCAACUUGCAGAACUGCGAAAAGUGGGUGACGUUAGUUGAAGAGUAG